ACAAAGUGUGUAGAGUUGCGAGUCGUUCGGUCGCCAGCGGUCCGUUGUGCAAGGAAUAUGAAGAAGCGUGCAUAUACUCUGUAAUCGAAUAUAAACAGUUCGUGCGUGCGAGUUUUACCUCCAGCGGAAGUGAGUGUGAUGUGACCGCAUCUGGCCGAGAUACGUACGAGUUGACGCCCUGUAUUGCGUUUUUGCGAUCUGGACUUUCUGACCAGCUCCGUCAAAUUGGAUAGUGUCUUCCUUUAAUCUUCUUUCUCUUGGAAUCGCAUCGUGUUUUCUUCGUGAGAUCAAAUUUGAGAUGUGUGAUGAUUACCACCACUACCAGUGGCGAAGAGAUUUCUGUGCAUGAACGUGAGAGCCGAUUGUGUGUGUGUUUUGAUAUAGGAAGUCAAAUGAAAUCCAGUGCGAGUAGAAAUGCUGCAGUGAUGCAAGACGUGUUGUGCAAGUGUGUGUUAUAAUUAAAAUGUCAAUAUCCAGUUGACAUGACGAGCUACGAUCAUCAUCAGCGACUAUAUCUUUCGGUCUGGCGAGUGCGCGAGCAUCCGCAUUUAACAUUAGCAACAGCGGCGGCAAUAGCAGAGCAAUAUAUAGUAGCAGCAGCAGCAUCAUCGAAACAAGUUUUCGAACGAGACUUCGUCGCAAACUAGGUCUUUCGGGUCAGCCACUAGUAGAGUAGGUAGUGGUUGUGUUGUGUAAUAGCACAAAACAACAGAACCUGGAAUCAAGUUCCAACUUGCCUUCCGAGGGAUCGAACACACUUCCAGAAGCUUUCGGAGAACAAAGAAACCACCCGGGAGGGAGAGAAGGAAAAUAAUAAAAAUAAUUGUGCGAGAAGUGUUGGGUAGAGUGGUCGGUGGUGGUGGUGGUAGUGGUCAGCGGUCAGAGAGCGGUGAGAGAGAGCGCGUGUAGUGAGUGGUGCGCGGUAGCAGCAACAACGACACGGCCGCUGUUGGCGAUGUGUUGGAAUCUACACAGCGGCUGCAUCAGCCUUCGUGUAUGGUGUGAGUGAACAGCGUGUUGCACUCCUUGAUCAUAUAGCCCCCUAUCCGACGACGGGUGUCUCUCCGUGAGGUUGUAUGCGGCGCAGCGAAAAUUCGUGAGGCGAGCCUACCCGCAGCUCGAAACGAAGCAAAAGGUAGUGUUGUGCACCGAUAGUUGUUGAAAGGAGAGAAAAACCGGUGGCUCAGUUCAGUGUAAUCCGGCGUGGAGGAAGGGUAUAAUGAUUGCAAUUAUUAAUUCGUUUCAGCGGUAUUAGUGGAAUUAGAGAAACUUCUAUGUUAUUAAGAAACACCGUCGAGGUGAAAAAGAUGUUCUAUUGUGGUUAUACUGAGCGAAGGGAAUAUAAUCGCAGUGAGGUGAACAAGUGCCACGAGAAGUGAUUCGAUUAUUGAGAGGUUGUGUUCCCUUCAACGAAAAAAAAGCCCAGAGGCAGGAAGUAUUCAAUCUUAGGGUGAACAUGGUUCCAAUCGGGUAAAACCAAAUCGAGUGAGGGAAGAAGAAUCCUUUCCGUUCCUUGAUGUGAGCUGUGGCGUUUCUGUACCGUGUGUUCAAAUAUAACAAAACUGUGCGUUCAAAACAUGUUUCACUAAUGGAAGCAAGUGGUAGAUGCUUUUCGAGGAUUAGUACCAAUCGUGAUACAACAAUCAACGCAUCUAUCCUACCGUUUGAUACAUCUGCAGUGAUCACAGCCGCUUUCUUCCAAAUUUUGCAUGGUGACGACAAGCGGUGUAGUGGAUGCGUUUGUGCCAUUGCCAGUGAGGAAGGCAAUAAUCCCGAAAAGUGUGCCGGUCAAGAAGAUUCGUUUGGUGGUUCUUUCCCAUAGUGAUCGCGAAAAGAAGUAGUGCGUAAGCAGUCCUCGUUUCCGUCCUCGUGAUAGAGUUUCGUUUUCGGGAAGUGGAAAACGCAGCAGAGCUUGGGUGGAAUAAAGUUUGUGCUUCAAAAUAGAGAGCUCCAAGCGCAUCUUCACAUUUCGGAAGCUGCGGGUGUCUAUGGCAAAUACCCUAUCGACGACCAAAAUGACCAAUCCAAUACGAGGACUAGUGAGCAAGCGGAGGAUUCGCUACACCCAGGAUGGAUUCGAUCUGGAUCUCACAUACAUUAAUGAUCGGAUUAUCGCUAUGGGCUACCCGGCGGAGCACAUGGAGUCAAUCUACCGCAACAAGAUCGAGGACGUGCAGAAGAUGCUAGAGAAGAACCACGCCGGAUGCUACAAAAUCUACAACCUGUGCUCGGAGCGAAGCUAUAACCACAAGCGCUUUCCGUACUACUCUGUAUAUCCCUUCAAGGACCACAACCCACCGGAUAUCGAACUGAUCACUUCGUUUUGCAGAGACGUCGAUGAGCACCUGCGAGCGGACAGCAAGAAUGUGGUUGCCGUGCACUGUAAAGCUGGCAAGGGCCGGACAGGUACGAUGAUCUGCUGCUACCUUCUGUACAGCCGGCAGUUCAACACGGCGGGUGAGGCGCUUAACUAUUACGCACAGAGGCGCACAAGCGACAGUAAAGGUGUUACGAUCCCGUCCCAACGGCGGUACGUCGAGUACUAUGCCACCCUUUUGAGGAGCAACGAAACCUACCGACCGAUGACGUUAUACAUUUGCGAGAUCCGACUAAUACCCGCGCUCAGCAUCAAGGAGGGUACGAUCAACGUCACCGGCAACGAUCCCCAGUCACUGCCGGAGUUCAAACGAACCGACGACCACACGGCGGCCAAACUGGACUACUGCAUGCCCCUAGCCGGCGAUGUGAAAAUCGAGUUCGUAAAGAGCUCAGUUUUACGCAAGGAGAAGCGAUGCCAUUUUUGGUUCAAUACGUAUUUUGUGGAGAAGUCAGCGAGAAAAGACGCUGAUGGAAAUCUGUUGCUAGUGCUCAGCAAAUCAGAAAUCGAUGAUGCUCACAAGGAUAAGCACCAUAAGGAAUAUCCCAAUAAUUUUACGGUGGAGGUGGUAUUGCGAAGGGUACCGACGGGCAAAUAUUCGGAGAGUGUUAGUCUGAAAAAAUGCCAGUCGCCAACAGCCGUGACAACGUCCCCCCUGAUCAAAUGCGGCAUGGAAAACAAUCGGCAGCAGCAUAUUACCCCGCAGCAGAUACUGCUCCAGCAGCAGCAUCAAUCACCUCUGCAACUCCAGCAACAGCAUCCACCCCUUCUUCGACAGAUGAGCAGUGACCCGUAUCGACCAACGAUAAUCAAGCACCAGCAUAGUUAUAUUGAUGGGAACACUAACUCGGUGGUGUCCGGUGGUUUCCUGCAUGACCAACACCAUCACCUACAGCAGCAACAGCAGCAACAACAAAACCCACUGCCAACGCAUCAAAACAACCACCACAAUCACCACCACCACCAUCAUCAUCAUCACCACCAGCUGCAGCAGCUUCCCACACAACAGCGAGAGCUGAACUACCAAUCGAUGCAUGAAAACAACCAGCAGUAUCUGGAUGAGAACAAUCACUGUCUGGAGUACUCGGAAACGUCGAGCUCCGAGUCGUCGACGGAAGAGGAAGGAUGGGAUUCCGGGAACGCUGUCAGCAGCAUUCGCCGCCAUCACCUCACCACCAUAAACACCAACACGAACAGCAGCAACCGAAACGAUGAUGGCAACACUGUAAGUCAGAACAAUGGUGAUAACAAUCAACCACUUGCCGCCGUCCAUCACAACCAGUCUCACUCCCAACAACAACACCAUCAUCUCAAUCAUCAUCAUCGAUAUGAUGACGAUCCGAACGUUAUGGGUCCGACCGACGGCCACCAUCACAAGCUCAUCACAGACUUGCCGAUUGUCGGCCGAACGGCGACAGUCGCGGCUGUAGAAUCAAAACUGGCGACCGGUCCGAAAUCGCCGAUCAAAAAGUCGGCCUCGGCAGUGGAAACGGCGGUAACCAAUGCAGCCAACAAGCUAAACAACAAGCUGCGACGAAUGUCGUCCAAUGCGAUAUUUACCUUUAGUGCUCAUAACAGUAGUAACACUAACUGUAAGUCUCAAAAUAAACCUAGUACUAGUAGCAGUGUUAGUGGUAGUAGCAAUAAAUGUGAUAUGUUCAGUCUAUUGUCGCAAUCGGGUGCCCAGCAACAGCAACGUCUAUCGACAGCGAUAGACUCAAGCGAGAAAGUGUCGAACCCCUCAAGCCCGACUAAGACCACCCCUAUGAAAUCCAUCGGUCGUAGCAUUAGCAAUGAUCCAACCGCUUUGGCGGAGUCCCACCCGAGGCGCGACUCGCUCCCAUUGAUUGGUGGGCUGCUAUCGUCAUUCUCAUCUUCAUCAGUUUCAUCCUCCAAUUCAUCUUCCCUUUCAUCGUCCACGUUUGGCACUGGCAGCAGCACCACCAAUCACGGUCCAUCCGCGCAGGUGGGAGUCCCAAGCCAGCCCCAGAAGCACAGUAAACUGCACGCCCUUUUUUCGGUUAGCUCUUGCUACAACGGGUCGUCAGAUAACGACACCACCGUGAACAGUAGCGUGAAACGCAACGGUAGCCGUGGCGGUGGUGGUGAUGGUGAUGAUGAUCAUAAUAACGCGGACAUUGACGAAGACGAAAACGACGACAAUGACUACUGUGAACACAAUAGUAGUGACAGUAAUGCUGCUGGCAGCCGUCGUCGUCGGGGUGGCUGUGGUAAGUUUGACGAUGCUGGCAACAGUGACAGCGGUCGGAGUAGCACAGAGAUUGUGGUGCCCGAGGUCGUUAGUACCGGGCGUACUGCAACAGCAAACACGGACCUUAAAGAAGUGGUAUAAGCUGGAAAUUGUUUUUUAAAAUUGUUGUUGAGAUUUCAUACUCUGUUUGCCAGUGUUUCAGUGUCAAAGAACGAUGAUCUAAGAAUUAUUGGAUGUUUUACAAUUGGUUUGGCGGAAAUAACCAUAAUCACAAUUGGUUUGAAUUGCUUGCAUUUUUUUUCGUCUUUUGUUCUUUUUUGUUUGUCUUUGAUCGUAAAAGGACACAUUUACAUUGUUGAAACAGAUAUUGUUUAUAUAUUAUCAUCUGGAUGAAUAAAAAGUCGAUCUUAACAAGGUGUGAAGACAUUUGCGUCAUCUAUUUUAUAAUAAAUCGCAAUGAAGUCCCUGGAAGUGAUGCUCUUCAGCUCUGUUUUUUGAAUAAUGCUAAUCACUAAUGUUGGGCAAAGGCCCAACAUGGAUUUCGGAUAAAUGUACGGACACUUCGGCGGUUAGAUUUAGACUGGUUAUUUUAUUUCUUACUUUUACAGAGUUUGAUGUGGUUCGAAUGUUCUUGCCUUCGUGUGCAUUUGAUACUUGGUGCUUGGUAAGCACAAAAUGUGCUCCUCCGCAUGUGUGUCCUGCGCCGUCUGCUCAAACAGCGCUCGCAUGGUCCAGGCGGUUUCUCCGCAGCGCCCCUUCCAGUUGUUGUAGUCGCUUGGCGUUCCUCCGCCAGUGGUAAAUGAUGAUGGCGAUUAUUAUCGCCACGAUAAAUGCGCCGUCCACGGAAUAGGACGCGACAUCGUGCAUGGUGAUUGAAUUCUCCACUUGUCACUGCCGAACAUUGUGUGUUUAGAUUACGGACGAUUUCUUGGAACUCGCUUUGUUCCAUACAUUGUAGUGCGUUUUAUUACGCCGCGGAGGCCGAUAAUUGCUGAUGUAGGUCUCCAUCGUGUGAACAUUAUUUCUUAGUCGUCAGCAGAUGCCUACGUAGGCCAUUGAUUUAUAGGGUCGUUUCCUAUUCUGAUUUUGUACACUUCCAAGCUCUUUCGUCGGCUCACUAUUGAUCGUCACGAUAUCGUCCCAGUGUGAUCCUCGCAAGGCUAGCUUUAUCAAGAUCGAUCGAGCUAAACGUGGACUUCGACAACUUUUGUUAGAAAUUAACGUAGUGGCGUUUUGCAUCUUCGCGUCAGUGCAAGCUCUGUACUGAAUUUGCUUUGUGCAUAUCCUGAGAAUGCAAUCUGAAACAAGAAACACCCGUUCAGUAUGGCGAAAUAGAAUUGACGGUUUGCCGCAGCAAAGGCUUUGUACUGCUUCAUUUUCUUUUUUCCUCUGAACAGAAUGAUGCACGAUGGUUAGCUGCGGUUUUUUUGCAAUGGUAUUGAUAUUGUUGCUCGUUCCCGACUAGGAGCACAGAUAGAACCAUCCAGAACGCAGGAUUUUCAUUUUGAUAUUGCUUGACGUUUUUCAAUUGUACAAUGGUUUGUAUCUAUUUAAUAAUUAUCUUCUUUAUCGUGUUGAAUAGAGAAAACAUUUGCAAUCGUCAUUCGGUGUUCGGAAUCUUCCUUUUUUUCAUUACAUGUUCAAUUUUUAUAUUUUCAUUUUGAAUUAAGUCCUAUGUUAAAAGGUCACAAAUGUCACAAUAUGAAUUUAGAUACUUGUAAACAAAUUACCAUCAUUAUGAUAAAGAGUUUUCAUCCGUGUCAACUAUAUUUUCUGCGUGAAAAUGGAGGCAUUCCAGUCAACAAAGUGUCUUGAUUUUUGUGUUUAAUUCGAAGAAGCGACCGAAGUGCGUCAAAUGAUUGUUGAUACUUAUGGUGGAAUCGCUAUUAGUGAAAGAGCAUGUCGAUUGAAUGAUUACAGCGCUUUAGUGAUUGGAGAUUUUUAUAUCGAUACCCAGAAAGGUGUGGGAAUGCUGAAAUGGAGGUACUUCUUCAUGAGAAUUCACGUCCACAGGGACUAAGCUAUGUCGUACCAUUUACGAAUUUUGGGAAUGGGCCAAAAGCACAGGAAGUGGGUUUCGAAUUGAAGCCCAGAGAAGUGACACUUUCUUUGUUUGCUUGCGAACAACCGCUCCAACGUUAAAAAAAUGGAUGGGUUUUAUGCAUCGGAUCGGUUAACGGGGAAGCACAAAUCACAAAUCAUCGUUACCGAGGUCAUCAACAAACAUCGACUGUCAAGCCACACAUCCAUGAUUUGAAGCUGAUACUGUGUAAUUGGUGAGACUAGCUCGGUGUUGUAUGUUUUGAACCGUUGAAAAAAAAAACACAAAAAAAACGACCACAAUGUGUGCAAAAAUAGUGAUAAUGCUAUUUUGUGGCACGACAAUGCUCAGCCAUAUGUGGCGGAAGUCGUUAAAAUUUACCUGGAAACACUCCAACGGAACGUCCUAACACAACCACGAUAUUUUCCAAAUAUUGUUCCUUCCCUAACUACGUUGGGAUGAUGCAUGGCCUGACUGAGCAGAACUUACGAGAAGUCCGAAAAUUGAGUAGAUCGUGGAUCGUUUCGAAAUACCAGUAUUUCUUCUGGUGAAGAAUCCGAGCAGCGAUCGACGAUAAAGGAGAAAGACCAAUUCAAUGCCAAAUCAGCCGGAAAACAGUCGUUUUUGUCGCGACGUUUUUGUACGUACGACAAAAUUGUUGGGAAAUUAAAACAAAAAAAUCUAAAAAAAUCAUUCGUGAUUAAAACUGGUGAUAUAAUAAUGAACACUGAUUUCGAGGAGCUCUCACCAUGAGUACAAAGUUUAAAAAAAUCAGAGAGGAUCAGGGCAGCGGCUGGCUGAUUUUUGUAAUACAUAAUUCAAAUGUUGCCAUAAAACGGCGAACUUCAGUUAACGAGACAUGAGAUCAUGGCCGUUUGUAUUAUUUUUGAAGAGUCAAUAUUUUUAUACAUAGCAUAUCAACGAAAAACAAGUAUUUUUGAAAUUUGGAUAUUUCGUGUAGGAAAAGUCUCAAAUUUGUAGCAACAUUCGUUGCGCGUCCGUUUACUAAGCGAACGAUCAUGAGUUCAAAACUUAGGGCCUUCAUUCGAUAAUCUGUGUGAGUUAAUGAAGAUGUGCUAGUUGAAAAAGCUACGUCCACGUAACAAUCAUCAAUUGACGGUGAUUUUUUCUCCUGUUGGUUGUGAACACUUCGUCCAUUAUUUUAAACUAUUGUGGUAUACCCCUUUUUAUAUUACACUUCAAGCUUAUCUACUACUUAUUGAUAAAGGAGUAGACUGAAAGCUAUAGCGAAAUAGGUGCCAAUCAGGAAUAAUCUGUUUGAUAAAAUUUAUAAUCCUGAUCGGCGACGCAGACCAAAUUUCCUUUAUACCUCCGCAGUUACAGAACAAAUGUCCCGAGGUAUCGCUUUCGGCAUUACAAAAGCGACAUGGUUUUUGAGAUGGUAUUUACUCGAGCAUUGUCCUGUUACAAGACCAGUGAAUGUGCUGAAGUCUUUCCUUCUAAGGCUUAGCAGCUGUUGAGUUAUUUUAAUACUCGGCGUAAUAAUUUUUUUCGCCUGUUUAAGUUUUGCAACCAUCCAAUUGGCUGUCACUUCCCGGUCUUCCCAUUUUUUCAGCUCACUUUUCAACACACAGUCAGAAAGUCCACAGAAUGGUUCUGGACCAGUGAAUGGUGAGUUUGAGCCGUUCCUGGCAAGUUCAUCUGCUCGCUCGUUGCCCUCUAUACCGCCAGGCCAGGAAUCCAGUACAAUUGUACCGACAUAUCUGACUUAAUUGCCGUGAAAAGGAAAUGCAUUCCCAGACGAUUUUUGAAGAACAUUCAAAAGCAUUUAAAGCUUUAAGUGCCGCUUGACUGUCUGAGAAUAUGCAGAUGUUAGCAUGUCUAUAUUUUCUUUUGAAGCAGACAUUUAAACAUUCUAUUAUUGCAGUUAUUUCUGCCUGAAAAACUGUUGGCCAGCUUCCCAUAAUCACAGAGAUUUUUGUUCUGGGACCAUACACUCCGGCACCUGUUCUGAUUCCCAUUUUCGACUCAUCGGUGUAGAACAUGAUUGAACCAUUACGAACGUUGGGGCCACCUCCUAGGUUCCUUCCAAUCACUGUUCUUCUCUGAGGCUGGUCCAAUGGGUAAGAGAUUCAGGAUGCUCAAGUGACCAGUUUUGUCCCCGUCUAGUAUUUUUGUUUAGCCUCUAGCUGAACAUAUUGGUUCAAAUGUACCAGGUGAAGGAUAGCCUCCAAUGCCUUUGAAGGAGUGCUUCGCAACGCAUGGAGUUUGUUUAGCUUUUGUGUAGCUACAGUCUGCUUAGUCUUUGGCCACCAUACAAGUGAGGCGUAGGUUAUCCUAGGCCGCACAAUUGCAGUGUAGACCCACAUAACCAUUUUUGGUUUAAGCCCCAUGUUCUUCCUAUCAUUUUAGAGCAUGCCCAUAGGGCUGAGUUGGCCUUGCUGGUUAUUGAAUCUAAGUGCGCUUUCCAGUUUAGUUUAGCAUCUAAGAUAACACCUAGAUAUUUCACUGAAGCGCUGCUUUUUAUUUCCUCUCCCCCAAGAUGUAAAGACUGCAGAUGCAGUUUUUUUUCUUUUUGGUGAAUGGAAUAAUUGUUGUUUUUGAGGGAUUUACGCUCAUACCUUCUGUGAUACACCAAGAUUGUGUAAAGUUUAAGGCCAUCUGCAUUCUGCUCGAUAAUACAUCGUCGAACAUGCCACGUACCAUUAUGACUAGAUCAUCGGCAAAGCCCACAACCUCGAAUCCUUUUACCUCUAAACUUAUCAGAAGGUUGUCAACUACAAGUGAUCGAAGGAGAGGUGAUAGAACCCCUCCUUGUGGACAACCUUUCGUUGCAAUCACAGAUGUCAAUGAGCCGCCCAGCUCCGAGGUGAUUCGUCUGUGUGUGAGCAUGCCCUGGAUCCAUUGGACUAUGCAGUCAUCGAAGUGUCUUUUUCUCAUAGCUUGUGCCAUUGAUAGAUAAGAAGCACUAUCAAAGGCACCGUCGUUUCAAGAAACGCGCAUAGAGCGGUUUCUUUUGACGAGAGAGAUUUUUCAAUUUUUGGGCCCUAUUCCAGAAAACGAGACGAGCAAAAACGGCUUCAGUCACUGUCGAGACGAGCAAAAUAUCCCAGUACACGAGUUUCAAUGAAAUGAUUUAUUUGGUAGACUGGAGAGACUUCAGUCAGUUUUUCUCGGUAUGAUCAGUGAUGUCAGAUGAGAAGACAUGUUUUUGUUUUGAGAAAAACAACAAAAAAUUUUAAAAUUGAUCAAUCGAUACUCUUUUCUCAUUGCCAAAAUAUUAAAAAAAAAACCUAACAAAAAGGAAUAAGCUGGCGUCGUUGGGAUUUUCUGAGGCGAAAAAUCUCUGGUUACGUCUUCCUUCGGAGCGGAAGUAAAAGAAGUUGGCCCGGCUCAUGAGUUGUUGAGUCUGAUAGGUAGGAACAGGUGGAGUCGCCUCCCUGAUGUCGGUGAUUGGCACUAAAGUGGCGGAAAUAGGCCGACGAAAAAUAAGCGAAGAUAAAAAAAAAAAAUAAAAAAAAGGAAUAAGUUUCAUAUAUCUUUUGGUUUCAUUGAUAUUUUUCCUCGAGCAUAUGGUUUCAUCACUCAGACGUUUUGUUAUUAUUGUUUUAUUGGGGGCAAUGUUUGUUCAUCUAAUCAACGAUUUAUCAAGAAAAGUUAUAAAUCUAUACAUAUGUAUUUCCAAUAAAGUAGUUGUAUUGAAUUACUCAUUUUCGUUCAAUAUGUGAAGACUCUUUUCGUGCCAUGUAAAUAUAUUCAAAACAGUCAUCUAGCAUUCCUGGAUAUGAGUUCAAUGUUUACAUUUGGUUGUGUUGUUUGGAAGAGGCCCAUUUGAAAAUCUGUAAAAUCUUGCAAUUAUUGAAUUGAAUUUGAUGGUUGCAGUUGAAAACAUACAUUGCUUAUGCAAUACUAGUUUAGCCGUGAAACCAUUUUUGAAGAUAAAGGCGGAGCAGUAGAAUACCGAAGAGUAAUACACUUUUGCCGAAAAGGCGAUAAUGAACAUGUACACAAUCGAAAAAGGUUCUGUUACAGCUGAAACUUUAAUAAGCCUAAAUAAAAUGGACAAAGUGGAUUAAACACCUAAGGUCUCUUAUUGCGCUAACGCCGGCGCUGUAAUUAAUGUUCCUCGCCAUCUGGCGGCUGCGCUUAAGGGAGUAUUCUAGUGUAGAGACAUGAAUUUCGGACGUUUUUUCGAGCUUCGUAAAAAUAAACCAAAGAAUAUUUGAAUUAUUUUGCUAUCUAUUUUUUAGCAAUAAAACAAAAAUUGAACGGAAAAAAUAUAUUCAUAAUCAGAAUAGUUACAAGCCGAUGAAGUAAGGCGUUGUGCUAUGGCGUACACGGUUCCAGCCCUUCUGGUUAUCUGAAACAAAAAAAACGACCAGAUUCUGAAUCAGUAAAGAUGUCGCUAUCGCAUGAACAAGUCAAAAAUAUGUUUUUUGACAAAAUAGGGACUGUUUGAAGGAAAAAAUGCGGUUUAAAAUGUUAUUUCUUACGUUUCCCGAUUUUUUAAUAAAUGGUGAAAUUUUAAAAUAUCAUUUCAUGCGAUAGAGAGAUGCAUGCAGAUUGUAUUCGUAUAAAUUCGACAUGAAUCGGUUCAGUAGAACUGGAAAUAUCGUGUACGCCAGCUUGAAAAAAAAAAAAUAGUUCCGAGAACAACGUGUUUGAAGUUUAUUUUUAUGACCGUCCCAGGUUAGAUAUCGCAUCCCUAAAUUGUGUCUAACUCGGUUAAUAAUAGAAUUUUCGAAAAGUCCUCCCAACCGUUUAUUUUUGAAUGCCUAAACUUCAUAAAUAUGAAGAAUUUUUUUUUUAUUAUUUCAAAUUUCUAGACUAGAAUACAGGGAAACUUCGUUAUAACGUACAUUUCUCUUUCAAAAUUAUAUGUUGUAUCGAAUUGUACGUUAUAUCGAAGCAUAACAAAGAUACCAGGAACAUAACUUAUAUUACUUUAUUGUGUUGCUGUUUGGGUAGGGUUAGUAAAUAUUGACGAUGAUGUUUCCCUCCAUACUGUUGAUUAAAACUUGAUUCAUUUAGAAUCCGGAAUAAAAAAAAACCAGUUGUAUCUCGAGAUUGGUUAAAGUUACAAAAAUAUUCUUAUGUAACAGACAAUUGACCAAUAUUGUUCGAUUGGGCGGAAUUGGGGGAAUUCGUAGGAUUGAUAUCUUUUUUAAUGUAAUUGAUCCCAUUGUCACGGUACCACUCUCGACUGUGGUGGCAGCUUGCCAAAUCUGGCCAAAACUUCACCGGAAGUUUCUGUAGGCAUUCUCUCCUACACAUUUUCGUGUCCAUUGUCAUGUUUGUGACGAGAACAUUGGUUUUCUGUCUACAGCUGCAAAUCUCUCACCAAAUCAAGAACUUCCUGGGAACAGUCCAAAAUACAUCUUCACGUACGUUUCGUCAUCCAUUAGCAUGCAUCCUUCGUACUUCGUCAAAACCUUGUUGUACAAUUUUCGAACGCGUCUAUCGCCCACCAGGUUAUGCUUCAGCGUUCUGUUUGGUUGGUUUCAGGCACAGAAAUAACGAUUUUACAUAUGGAUUAUCCGGAUGGUACUUUGGUUAAAGUUAUGUUUGUAGCGUUGUCCUAGUCCGAGAGUCCCGGGUUUGCGUUAAUUAUAUCAAUACCUUCAACCUCAGCUUCCGAUCGUAUGUUCCAUUAAGAUGCGUUCUCUGAUCCAUCGGAACAACAGUCGCACGUUCACGAAAUGGUUUCAACAGAUCAUACAUUGUCGAUUUAGCUACCUUCAGCGAUUUCGCAAUUUAAGUAUGUGACCAUAUCAAAUUUCCAAUGAAGGUGUCCAAAAUCAAAUUUAUUCUCUCGGCAUCCAUCCUGCACAACUUUAUUAAAACAAAACGGAUCAACUGAAAUUUUCACCGUUGAAAGAUACAGUUCUUUUUCCAAACAAUUUGAUGUCAAAAUAUAUGAUAUACGCCUACUACGACCGCCACUAUAAAAUGAACAAUUCCAGAUUCUAACUGAAUCAAACCUUAAGGGUAAAUAGAUAAAAUGACAGUUUGCAUCUUCAUUAUUCAGCAUAAGUGUUCAAGCCAUAUUGAAGAGCAUGUAUUACAAAAAUGCUAAUUUCGAAUGAAUGUCCCGAUUAUGGGCUACGGUUACAGACAAGCGACUAUAAACAGCUUGUUCACAAUGCACAAUACAUAGAUAGAUUGUUUUUAUGAGAUUUCCAAUGCUCUAAUUGAAAUUCGAGUACCUAUACCCGAGCCACUAAGUGACCUUUGUUGAACCUGUGAGAUUGACAUGAAACUCCUAGUACCUAUUCCGAAAAGAUUUUUUCCACAUUGAAAAUGUGUACGUUAUAUCGAAGUUCCCCUGUACUGCCUUAAUUGUUUUCGUUCUAUAAGACGGAACCUUUUCCACUGGGUUAUCGUUCGAUGUUCUUACGACAUACGACAUUCCGAGCCCAUUGUAAUUGCCCGAUUUUCGCUGAGCGGAUGAGUGAUUUUUCUAACAGCAGAUUUUGAAACUUGUGGUUUAUUCGCCUUCACGUCCCAUCUUCCAUUUGCACUCCACCGUAGAUGAUACACAACAUCUUACAUUCGGAGACAGUAAGGGCACGUUGAUCCUCUGUGUCCGUAGAAGGCUAUCGGUCCAAUCAAUGUCUUGUAGAUGGUUAGCUUCGUUCGACGGCGAACUCUAUUCGUUCUUAGCGUCUUCCGGAGGCCAAUGUAAGCACGGUUUCCUCAACCACAGGAGUACUUCAAAUGAUGCCAAGGCACGUUGUAUUCGCGACAUUUCUGCAGAACCUCUCGAACCGAGAACCUCUAGUGCAGCGCUCUCAUCAGUGCAUGACCGCCGCAUUUCAACAGUUCAUUAGGUCGUUGUUCAACUCCAACUGUUUUCUUCAGUUUUUCUUCAGUCGACCAAACUACUCCUCAACAUCCUUCAUAUCGGGGGCCGGUACUCGGUCAUCUUCCGCACGUACCCCUAACUCUGUUACCAUGCCUCCUUCGUUUUCUGCUACAUCCCCGUUGUGGUGCUCGUUGAAGUACUGCCUCCACUUUACGAGGUUACCGUACAAGUCCCUGCACAUGUCGGCUUGUGGCACGUAAGCUUUGCGCGAACUGUUUAGCCUCUCGUAGAACUUUUGUGUAUCAUUGCUACGAUUUUGAUCUUCCUGUUGGCGCUUUUUCUUUCGGAGGGCCGAGUUUUGACCAUCGUGCACAUCUCUGUUUAGAGUCCUACGCUGACAUUAGGACAAUGAUCAGCCACCUAACCAGAGGUUACCAUAUCUUCACUAUGGUUAAUUAAAAUCUUCACACUAAUUCGAUCAAACAAGUUGAACUCUAAAAUCAAUGGGGACGAUAACGAUCACCAUAACCUUGGGAUAGAUGCAAUUAGACCUUGUGUAAGGGGGUUAAAUAUUACCGUCAAAUCACAUUUUCUCGGUGUCGCGAAGACGGCUGAUUGGGGGACAUAGACAUUGGAGGAUAGCUGAAUUCACGCCAUAUUUUUCCCUAUGCAGACUACUGCGUGCUUUGUUUGUUUUCGCUUUUUACAAAUACAGUCACUUUUAUACCGUUUUUCGGCGCUAACGCAGCUUACGACUCACCCGCUGGGUCAUAUUGCACUUGGAUGUUCGGACAUGUGUUAUAAUUGGCUUCUUUGAGAAAUUGAAAAAUUCUAAUUUGUUUGUGAAAUUCGUAUUUGUGGAUCAUUCGCUUGCGGGUAAUCAGUGCUCUACUGUAUACAGAAUGAACAUUGCAAUCGACAUUACGAUCCAUAGCACUUGUUAAGAACAAAUAUAUAAACAUUAUCUCAGUAAUAGAUUGGAUUCUGCCAGAACCUCUCCCAAAUCUCAUCGAUUGACACUGUGACACUGCGAACGAAGAUGUUCCCACGAAUCCCAUCUCAGAGGGGGUACAAAUCUGAAACGUUCGACUUUUUCUCGUGUGUGCCAGGUAUAAGCUGUUGCUGGGUGGGUGAUUACGGGCCCGAUGAUUUCAUGUGGCAAAGAAAUAUGAAUGAACAAAUAAGUAAAAAAAUACAAAUAAAUAAGCGCGAUUUGUGAUAAACUGAUAGAGUACGAAUUUAUAGCCAGUGUGGAAAUACAGAAAAAAAACCUUAGAGCUUGGCUUUUUUUAAAAAGAAUAUUGUUAAAGGAUCUAGAUCGGCUGACGCAUAUAUGUAUUCAUUUGACCUACUUUCAAAGGUACGUUCCGGGAGGUUCAUUACUACUUUAAUAUUACAGACCGAUAUUUGGUUCACGCUUGCCAUGCAUCGUGUUAAAUGAUAAUCGUGCCAAAAUCCAUUGCUGAAGACGCCCUUUCUAUAGUUCACAACGCAAGCGUUGAGCAUCGACAGCAUUUUUACUACACGGAACUAACAAUAGUAAAAACUAUUAUUUUUUAAACUCUGUGCCCAAGGCCAAUUGCUACAAUCCUUAAUGUGAACCGGAACUUAUAUUUAUAUCGCUAAGCGAUCAACACGUGAACCCAAUAAACAACAGUAAUGUAUUAACUCACCUUAGAAUUUGGGUAUCGUGUCUAAAUUUAUCGAUAAAAGGUUAAAAAAAAUUGCAUCUGUCGAACAUAUACAAACAUCAUAUAGCCAGUAAAAAUCUUAGGUCAUUUUAGCAUUGGAUGUACCUUUUCUUAAUGAAAACCAACUGUUUCUAGUGAUUCAAAAACAAAAAGAAAACACAAACGCAAAAAUAACACAUUAGGCACUAGAUGUAUAUCCGAUGUUUCAAUGUAUGCAAAACACAGACAGUGAUGAGAAAAACAUUCAAUAAUAGUAGCCGUACUAUAGCAAAUCCCAUCAAUCCCCUCACACCACACCUACGAUGUCCAAUAGAAUGAUGGUGUACUUCACCGAUGCGAACACUGAGAAGAAAAAUAUAAAAAGUACAAAUAAAUGUUAAGUAAGUGAUAAA